AUGAGUAACAACGUAAAUAAUCAAGAUACUAUUAAAAAAUCGAAAAGUAACCUAUCUUUUUGGUCACCGUUAAACGAUAGCUUUAACCCCCCAAGUAAAAAAUCAAGUUGCACUUGGCAUAAAACUGCUAGCAGAGAGUCAACGCCUCAUACAACACAAGACUGGAAACGCACGACCAAAAUUCUGCCCAACGCACUAGAAGCAAUUGGAAAUACUCCCCUCAUAAAAUUAAAUAGAAUUCCAGAAGCCGAAGGACUGAAAUGUGAUGUCUAUGUAAAAUGCGAAUUUUUCAAUCCAGGAGGCUCGGUUAAAGACCGAAUUGGCAAAAGACUUAUCGAAGAUGCCGAACGGCAGGGUCUGCUCAAACCAGGCUACACUAUCAUCGAACCAUCUUCUGGAAAUACUGGAAUAGGUCUAGCUUUAGCGGCAGCUAUCAAAGGUUAUAGAUGUAUAAUUGUGAUGUCUGAAAAAAUGUCAAAUGAGAAAGUGUCUGUUUUGUCUGCACUUGGCGCGGAGAUCGUUCGUACACCAGUAAAUGCUGAUUCAAAUUCUGCUGAAGGGAUGUUUGGGGUUACUCACAGACUUAGGAAAGAAAUACCCAAUUCUAUAAUUUUGGAUCAGUAUUCUAAUCCAGGAAACCCUUUAGCACACUACGACACCACAGCGGAAGAAAUUUACUUUCAGUGCGACAAAAACGUUGACAUGAUUGUUAUCGGCGCCGGCACUGGUGGCACCAUAGCAGGUAUCGGAAGAAAAUUCAAAGAAAUAUCUCCCCAAACAACGAUCGUUGGAGCUGACCCAGUAGGAUCCAUCUUAGCUCUACCAGAGUCUUUGAAUAGCACAGAUGCUGGUUUCUACGAGGUUGAAGGUAUAGGAUACGACUUCAUACCUACCGUUUUAGAUCGAGAUGUGGUCGAUGUGUGGGUGAAAACAACCGAUGAGGAGUCAUUGCCUUUGGCUAGAAGGCUUAUAAAAGAAGAAGGGUUAUUAGUAGGUUCGAGUUGUGGUGCAGCAAUAGCCGCUACAGUUAAAGCGGCGAAAAAUCUAGAAGCAGGUAAAAAAGUGGUGGUGAUAUUGCCAGAUAGUAUCAGAAAUUAUAUAACGAAAUUUGCCUCUGAUCAGUGGAUGGAAGCUAGAGAUCUAAUGACGCCCGUCAACACUAUGAACCAUUGGUGGUGGGAUAAAAAUGUUUUGGAGCUAGAUCUGGCGACUUUACACGUAGCUACUGAGAGUAUGACUUGCGAAAGGAUUCUAAAUAUGAUGAAAAUAGCGGGGAUAGAUCAAACACCUGUCGUUGAUAGUGCAGGAAGUAUGGUGGGGAUGUUGACGUUACAGAAUAUGAUGCAGGGCCUACUUAGAGGUACUGUAAAAUCUAAUGGAACGGUGGAACGAUGUGUGGUACGAAUUUAUCCGAAAGUACAAAAAACUGCAAGCGUCGGUCUUAUCUCAAGAAUUUUGGAAAAAGAAUCUUAUGUUGUAGUCCUCGAUUCCAAAGGAGCUGUCGAAAAGCCCUUGGGAAUUGUAACUGCUAUGGAUUUACUACAAUACAUUCAGCAGAAAUAA